AGAAAGUGAGAGUUGAUUUAAUCCACUUGGUCUUUGGAACUGCGCAUGAUAAAAUAAAAGUGGUAGUAGCGAGUGUGUGAAAAGAGAAAAUUAAAAUUCCCCCAAAAAUGCGCUACUUCUCUAAUUACCACUCCGCCUACUUUUUCGACCGCGGAUAUAUAUAUAAUAUAAUCUCCGAAAUAUAGUCAAGAGAGAGAAAAUACAAAAUAUCAUCAAAACCCCCAAUAAAGAGAGAGAAAGGGUAGUUCAGGUAUUUAAUAUUUUUCCGACCAGACAAGGUUUUCAGUUUUCAGUUUUGGUAAAUGUCUGUAAACUCAAUUCCACCAUGCCAUUCUUAAUAAAUUGACGAAAAUACCCUUUUCCAUCUCAUAUGCUACUACUCGAAACCGUUCUUCCUCUCUCGGCGCCACCACCUUCUCCGGCGGCGCAACUUUCUCUCACCUCAUGUCGGCUUAUUGACGGCCACGGCUCGGCUUACGCCGCCGUGGCCGCCGCCGUUACUUUCAGAUGCCAUAAAUAGAAACCACGAAAUUCAAUCAAUUAAGAGUUUAGUAGAUAAUUAGUGAGUAAUUAAGAUAUGAUUACGGAGCAAAAACACUUGUUAAGAUCUCUACGGCGUAGUCAUACUUCUACGCCGCCGUCAUCUUCGUCUUCUUCUUCUUCACCUUCUUCAUCUUCUUCGUCGUGGAUUCACUUAAGAUCGGUGCUUUUUGUUGUUACAAAUUCAUCUUCUUCUUCUCCAGUUUCUACUGAUCGGUUAAGUCUUAAAUCGCCUUGGUCUAGGCGAAGGAGGAAACAUGCCCUUCUACCUAAGCAAUGGAAACGUUUGUUUGGACCCGAUAGUAGACUGUCCGAUGGUGGAGUUAAGUUUCUGAAGAAAGUGAGAAGUGGGGGUGUUGAUCCCAGUAUCAGAGCAGAGGUUUGGCCAUAUCUUCUUGGAGUUUAUGACUUGAACAGCACAAAGGAGGAAAGAGACACUGCUAGAAAACAGAAAAGGAAAGAAUAUGAAACCUUGCGAAGACAAUGUCGUCGAAUUCUAAAACGCACAAUUGCAAGCUUCAAGAGGAAUGAGACUGCUGAAAACAGCAAUGAUGUUAGUGGUGGGUUUUUCAGUCAAGUUUCCGAGACUCCGGAUUCAGACGAUGUAAGCAGUGUUAGAACUUCAAAUGACGGGGAUAACCCAUCAGAAGACUCUGAUGGGCCUAUCUGGGAUCCUGAGAUUUUACCCUCUGCUUCUUCGUUCGAAGAAGGUGAAAAGAUUGUGUUGACCUGCGAGGAGGGUUCUGGUGUCAGUUCAGAAUCAUCUGAUUCGGAAUCAUCUGAAGACGGUAACAAUGUACCUUUUCUUAGUGCUGAAGAAUUUGAAGGAAAUGAUCCAGAUGAGAACACACUUUCCUCUCCUUCAAAAGCCCAGAGCGGGAUGACUUUUUACUCAUCUGAAGAUUUUUCCACGUGGCAGAGGAUUAUUCGUGUUGAUGCUCUGCGUUCAAAUCCUGAAUGGAUCAUAUACAGCCCCUCACAGGCUGCAGUAUCAGAAGCCAAAGCUAAGCAACAAGCAGAGAAAGUUGGCUUGAAAGAUUAUGAACACUUAGAACCAUGCAUGAUAUACCAUGCUACACGUCUUGUUUCCGUCCUUGAAGCUUACGCCCUGUACGAUCCUGAGACUGGCUACUGCCAAGGGAUGAGUGAUCUUCUCUCGCCAAUCAUAUCGGUCAUAGAGGAGGACCAUGAAGCAUUCUGGUGCUUUGUUGGUUUCAUGAAAAAAGCAAGACACAACUUCCGGCUUGACGAGGUGGGAAUCAGAAGACAGCUGGGUCUUAUAUCCAAGAUCAUCAAAUGUAAGGACUCCCAUUUAUAUAGACAUUUAGAGAAGCUUCAAGCAGAAGACUGUUUCUUUGUGUAUAGAAUGGUGGUGGUUCUUUUUAGAAGGGAGUUGACUUUCGAGCAAACACUUUGCUUGUGGGAGGUUAUGUGGGCUGAUCAGGCAGCCAUCAGAGCCGGGAUCAGCAAGUCUGCAUGGGGGAAAAUGCGGCUAAGAGCUCCGCCCACUGAAGAUCUACUUCUCUAUGCUGUAGCGGCAUGCGUGUUGCAGAGAAGGAAGCUAAUACUAGAGAAAUACAGCAGCAUGGAUGAAAUAAUAAGAGAGUGUAAUAACAUGGCUGGAAGUUUAGAUGUCUGGAAGCUUCUGGAUGAUGCUCAUGACUUGGUGGUGACUUUGCAUGAUAAGAUUUAACUGCACCCUAAAUUUGGGUUGGGGACACUGUUUUUGGUUACUUUUUUUUUAUAUUCUUAUUUGUAUGUUGUAUUUUGGUUGGAGGAUCUCCCUCUCCCCUUAACCAAAAAUCGGGAUUAUGUAUCCAUUAGAUGAUGCUUUGCAAAGAAAAGCACUUCAUAACGAUACUGUGAUACAUCACCUCUGUCUGUACUCUGUAUGCUUCUUGAUUUUGGAAUUUGUCUAUGUACUACUGCCCGCGCUUCACUUUACAGCGAUAGAGGCGGAAUUCCAAAAUCAGUGAAACUGGUAAGAAUUGUAGUCUUUCUACAUACCCUCAUCUUAAGUCUUAAGUACCUAUUUGUCUGUGUAGCUUGUUCAUUAUUGUCAAAAUCCUCACACUUUUAAGGUC